AUGCCGCAGUUAAAACCGAUCGAAGAGGAGUCGCCCGAGCGCAAAGCGACGCGCGCCAUAAUCAAUCGAGAGAUCGUGGAGGAGCUGCAAAAGAUCAUUGCAGAAGACCCCAGCGCCAACCUCGACAAUGUGUAUUCGGCAGUCAGUCUACAAGUAAAGCGAAGACACCCGCCCCGCUGGGCAGAGCUGCUGCAAGAACGCAAGCGGCCUAAGCCUCCUCCGCGGCCCGCUUUUCCGUCACAGUUUGUGGACGCCGACGACAAGUUUGUCGUCUUGCGCCCCCUCUCCGAUUCUGUCAAGGCGCUAAUUUUGGAGGAGAGCCAUGGAAAUGGUGAUGAGGGCAAUGAUUCGGACCUUGACGAUAGCCACGGCGACGGUGUUGGCGAGCGCCAAGACGGGGGCGAUGGCGAUGACGACGGCUACUGCGAUACUCCGCCAUCAGAAGAAGACGGCAACUUCAACCAAGCCGUCCGGCGUAUCUUGGCGAAGGGAGAGGUGAUUGCGGAGAUGAUAGGGCGCGGUGGUGUACUACGGUGCCGGGGCAGCGACGGACGUCCAAUUGAUAUUGUCAUUAAGGUCAUGCCCGAGUCCCAUUAUGCCGAUACCGAAUACUCCACCAUACAGUACCUAGCCGAGCAAUGCCCCGACUUUCCCGCACCAAAGCCGCAUGGCCUCAUUGGGCUUCCAGACUUCGUUCUGGUGUUCAUGUCGUACAUGCCGUCGACCACCUUGAAGGAUGCAUGGCCCAAGCUGACCGUUCACCACAAAGUCUCUAUCCAGGGCCAGCUGGACCGUCUUUUUACGCAGCUGCGCAGUAUCAAGCUACCACUGGGUGGCCGGCUGGGGGGAACCGCGGGCGAAGGCGUCAGCGACAGCCACGCCUGGGUCGAGCACGCCGACGGCCAGACCGUGAUUCAAACGGCUUUGGCGUUCCGUGACUUUCAAUUUGCAAUAGAAUCACCGACGGGGCCCGAGUACUGCAACUUCUUGAAGAGCCUCCUGCCACGGCCCGAUCCCAACGAGCUUUGCGUAUUUACACAUGGCGACGUGUAUCCCGGGAACAUCACGGUCGACAUUGACCCGGCUAACCCGACAGAGUAUGUAGUGACGGGUGUCAUUGACUGGGAAGAGAGUGGCUUCUAUCCAGCGUGGUUCGAGGCGACCAAGGUGCUGUACAACUUCAAAGAAUACUAUGAUGAACCCAAGGGCCGGAAUGGCCUGGAAGACUGGUGGCGAUACGUUCCACAGUGCAUUGCCCCCGCCACUUAUCCGACCGAGUGGGCGAUCGGCCGGUUGUGGGACAAGGCAAAUGGUAUUCACACCUAA